CAACGAUAUCCUCUCAUCCACACCCAGUAACGAUCCCAAAUUCAGUUCGGGGUCUCUCUCCUUAUCCUCUGAAACCAUGGGUCAGUUCCUGUCAACAUCGGGCGCUGCUGGGGGAGAUGAAGGGAAAAUGCCAGGAACCUAUGAUUUCGAGAACGAAGAUCGCCCAAUGUUUGAGCAGGCUCGCAAUGUCAACAUCCACGGCGGGGUAUUCAAUCGGGGGGAUGUCCAUGUACAAAUCAACAACUAUAUCUCCGAGACAUCACCAGAAAGACGGCGUGCGCUUGUGGCCAAGCUGAGCCGCUGGCUGGCCACCAGCGUCAAUUUCAGGACCAUUCACAACGAUGUCCGGAAGCGAAGGACUGCUGGCACUGGCAGGUGGCUCCUUGACACCCGGCUGUACCGCGAAUGGAAAAAGAGUAAAGGCGGUAUUAUCUGGUGGAUGGGUAAACCGGGCGCUGGGAAGACUGUACUUGCAUCGACGAUCAUCGAUGACCUCCUCCCUCUGGAGGACGACUCUGAGCGGACCUGCGUGUUGUUUGUUUACAGUCGGUACACCGAACCGCUGGCGGUCACCGAUGUCGUCAAAUCGUUGAUCAAGCAGUGCAUCGAGCGCAACCAUGAUCUCGCGGGUCUCGUUGAGCCAUUGUACAGCAAACACGAGUUGGAAGGGACGGAACCCUCUAUCGACGAGCUUGUCGACGUGCUCCAGAUGCUGGAAGGCUAUUUCGGUCGUGUUUACUAUGUCGUCGAUGGCGUGGACGAAGCACACCUCGACGUCCGCUUCGACCUCAUCCAGGUGAUCAACAAGCUCCAAGGAAACAUCAUGUUGACUUCCCGACCGCUCGAUGACCUGGCUGGUGACCUCAAGCACGCUGUCUUUUGCACGUUGGCCGCCCAGGACCACGACAUCGAGUUGCACAUGGAAGAGAAGCUCCAACGGUACAAGCAAUUGCGUCGAGUAUUGGACCAACACAGUUGCAAGGAAGAGAUAUUGAAGCAGAUAAUAGAGAAAGCGGAAGGAAUGUUCCUCCACGCGGCCCUUCAGCUCGAGAGCAUCCAGCAUUGCCGUUCCCUCGAUAGCGUGAAGACCAAACUAAAUGAGUUCCCGAUUGGCAUACAAGGGGUAUACGUCUCCAGUUUGCAGCGAAUACAGAGCCAGGACCCAGAGUCUCGCGAGUUGGCCAUGCAAAUUCUGUUGUGGCUGACCUUCGCUCGUGGUCCGCUGUCGAUGCAAGACAUGAGAUACGCGUUGGCAGCAGACCCCGAAACGGGCAUGUUUAAGCCUGAACGGAUGCCCGACGAAGCAUCGGUACUGUCGGUGUGCUGUGGACUGGUGGAACGCCACGCAAGCGACAUUGUCCGCCUAAUUCAUUAUACGGCCAAAGAUGCCCUCGUCCCCCUUCUUCUCAAAGACCAUCCUCACCCACAUAUCCCGAUCACCAAAGUCUUGAUUCAACGACUUCUCUCCAGUGGUAUACUCCAGGCGGAGUUUACUGAACUUGAAGACCUUCACGAGGCAUGGGAGAUGCACCCGCUUCUGCAAUAUGCUCAUGAUCAUCUGGGCUCCCACACCGGGGAAUGUCACGCUUCCAUUCCCACCGUUAUCGAGGACUUUCUGCUGCAAUCCAGCGGAUUCCCUGUCGGUCAUUGGCAUGGCCUCGAGAUCCUCGACCCCCCUCAUGUCGCUGCCUACUACGGCCUUUGGCCUUACUUCAGGUUUCUUGCAGACCGCGGUUGGAGCCUGGAUGAGAAGGCUAAAUUUCAGGAGCGAACUCCGCUGUAUAUAGCGGCUGGGAUUGCCAACGAACUGGCUGUGGAACACUUACUGCAACUACAAGUUGACCCCAACGUUGCAAUGAGGCGCGGGUGGACUCCGCUGAUGUUCGCAGCGAACGAAGGCCACGCCAAUAUCGUCUCUCGACUCCUCCAGAUCCCCGGAAUCGAGGUCAAUGCAGUGGAUGACAAAGGACGGACGGCGCUGAUGUUCGCAGCGAACAAUGGCCAUGUCGACAUUGUCUCCCGACUCCUGCAGAUCCCCGGAAUCGAGGUCAAUGCAAGGGAUGACGAAGGAUGGACGGCGCUGAUUCUGGCAGCGAGCAAAGGCCACGUCGAAACCGUCUCUCGACUCCUCCAAAUCCCCAGGCUCGACGUCAACGUAGUGGAUUACCAAGGUCUGACAGCGCUGAUGUUGGCGGCGGGAAACGGCCAUGGCGACGUUGUCUCUCGACUCCUCCUCCACCUUCGUAUUAAUCCCCACCACCGAACCCAUGAUCACCGAACAGCGCUCAUCAUAGCAUCACAUUUUGGGCACCACGCCAUUGUUCGCGCAUUAAUACUCCAUUGCGACAGUAUCGAUGUCAAUGCAGCUGACCUUUUGGGGAACACUUCAUUGAUCCUGGCUUCAAGAAAUGGCCACCUUCCGGUUGUUGAGUUCCUUCUCCGAUCCAAGGGAAUCGACCUCGAUCUCCGGAACAAUGAAGGACAGACAGCCCUCUCAGUCGCGCAGGAAAAAGGGCGUGACGAGAUUGUGGCGAAGCUCAUCGAGUUUCAGCAAAAGUCGCGUUUGGGGACAGAAACUGCAAGUGUAGUUAGUGAGCCCGGUGGGCCAGAAGAAGACUCGUAG